AUGAAGUGCCUGAAUGGGGGCAGCUGCGCCGAGGAGGCCUGCCUGUGCCAGAAGGGAUACACCGGGAGCCACUGCGGCCAACCCAUCUGCGAAGGAGGGUGCCAAAACGGGGGCCGGUGCAUCGGGCCCAACCGCUGUGCCUGCGUAUAUGGAUUCACAGGACCCCAGUGUGAGAGAGAUUACCGCACGGGACCCUGCUUCAGCCAGGUGAACAAGCAGAUGUGUCAAGGCCAGCUGAGCGGCAUCGUCUGCACCAAAACCAUGUGCUGCGCCACCAUCGGCCGUGCCUGGGGCCACCCCUGCGAGAUGUGCCCGGCCCAGCCGCACCCUUGCCGCCGCGGAUUCAUUCCUAACAUCCGUACUGGAGCCUGCCAAGACGUGGACGAGUGCCAAGCCAUCCCUGGAUUGUGCCAAGGGGGCAACUGUUUCAACACCGUGGGCUCCUACGAAUGCAAGUGCCCGGCGGGUCACAAGCAGAGCGAGACCAACCACAAGUGCGAAGAUACGGAUGAGUGCAGCAGCACCCCCGGCGUGUGCAACGGAGGCGAGUGUACGAACACGGUGGGCAGCUACGUCUGCGCUUGUCCACGAGGCUUCAUGACCAGCCCAGAUGGGUCCCGUUGUGUGGACCAGAGGAUUGGCACCUGCUUCUCGGCACUGAUCGGUGGACGGUGCGCAGGGGAGCUUCCUGGCCAGUACACCAAGAUGCAGUGCUGUUGUGACUCCGGCCGCUGUUGGGCCAUUACACAAACUCCAGAGAUGUGCCCCGUACGGGGAUCAGAUGAAUACCGGUGGUUGUGCAUCGAAGGCCUCCCCGUCGUUCCGGGAUUCCCUGGCACCUUUCCGGGCCUUCCCAGCUUCGGUCCCAAUGGAGUUGGGCCGGGGAUAAGUGGCCCUGGAGGUUUUGGACCCAAUGGAGCCAACGGACAAGGGGGCAUCCCUGGAUUGCCAGGGACGGGCCCCGGGAGUUCCAGCAUCGGCACAGCGACGCUGAACCAGACGAUCGACAUCUGCAAGCAUUUCACCAACCUGUGCUUGAAUGGGCGCUGCAUCCCCACCCCGUCCAGCUACCGCUGCGAGUGCAACAUGGGCUACAAGCAAGACGUGCGGGGCGAGUGUAUCGACAUGGAUGAGUGUUCGAGCAGCCCCUGCCUCCACGGCGAUUGUGUGAACACCCCUGGCUCCUACCACUGCAAGUGCCACGAAGGUUUCCAGAGCACGCCCACCAAACAGGCCUGCAUUGAUAUCGAUGAAUGCAUCAUGAACGGCGUGAUGUGUCGGAAUGGGCGUUGUGUGAACACCGACGGCAGCUUCCAAUGUAUCUGCAACGCUGGCUUUGAAAUCACGCCGGAUGGGAAGAACUGUGCAGAUCACGACGAGUGCGCCACGACCAACAUGUGCCUGAACGGAAUGUGCAUCAAUGAGGACGGGAGCUUCAAGUGCAUUUGCAAGCUGGGCUUUGUGCUGGCCCCCAACGGGCGCUACUGCGUUGACAUUGAUGAGUGCGAGACCCCGGGAAUUUGCAUGAAUGGCUGGUGCAUCAACACCGAGGGCUCUUUCCGUUGCGAGUGCCUGGGAGGACUGGCCAUCGGCGUGGACGGGCGGGUCUGCGUGGAUACCCACGUCCGCAGCACCUGCUACGGUGCCAUCAAGAAGGGCACCUGCGCCCGCCCCUUCCCGGGAGCCGUCACCAAAUCCGAGUGUUGCUGUGCCAAUCCGGACCAUGGAUUUGGGGAGCCGUGCCAGCCUUGCCCUGCCAAGAACUCCGCUGAAUUCCAAGCAUUGUGCAGUAGUGGAAUAGGAAUCACAGCUGACGGACGAGAUAUCAACGAGUGCGCCUUGAACCCUGACAUUUGCCCCAAUGGGAUGUGUGAAAACCUUCGAGGAAGCUACCGCUGUAUUUGCAAUCUGGGCUACGAAUCAGACCCCACUGGGAAGAACUGCGUGGAUGUUGAUGAAUGUGCCAUCAAUCGCCUGUUGUGUGACAACGGUUUGUGUCGCAACACGCCUGGGAGCUACAGCUGCAGCUGCCCCAAAGGGUUUGUCUUCCAGACUGAGACAGACACGUGCGAAGAUAUCAACGAAUGCACAUCCAACCCCUGUGUCAAUGGACUCUGCUGGAACAACGCCGGAUCCUUUGCGUGUGAGUGUGCACCCGGAAGCAAAUUGGAUCCCAGUGGCACCAUCUGUGUUGACAGCAUGAAGGGUACCUGUUGGCUCAACAUCCAAGAAGGACGCUGUGAAGUCAACAUCAAUGGGGCUACCUUGAAGUCCGAAUGUUGUGCCACGCUAGGGGCUGCCUGGGGCAGCCCCUGUGAACGCUGUGAGAUCGAUGCCGCCUGUCCACGAGGUUACGCCAGGAGGAAGGGUCUCUCUUGUGAAGAUGUGAACGAGUGUGAUGUCUUCCCGGGCGUCUGCCCCAAUGGCCACUGUGUGAACACGGCAGGGUCCUUCCGAUGUGACUGUCCAGAAGGCUUGACCUUGGAUGGUUCUGGCCGGACCUGCGUGGACGUGCGGCUGGAACAGUGUUACAUGAAGUGGGCCGAGGAUGAGUGCACCGUGGCGCUGCCAGGGAAAUACCGUAUUGACCUUUGCUGUUGCUCCGUCGGGGCGGCCUGGGGCAAGGACUGCGAGGAAUGCCCCAAGCCUGGCUCGGCUGAAUUCAAAGCCAUCUGUCCACGGGGACCCGGCUUUGCUAACAGGGGAGACGUCUUAUCCGGCAGGCCUUUUUACAAAGAUGUGAAUGAGUGCAAGAUGUUCUCUGGUCUUUGCACCCAUGGCACUUGUCGCAACACCAUCGGGAGCUUCCGGUGUCUCUGUGGCAGCGGCUUCGCUCUGGAUGCUGAGGAGAGGAACUGCACAGAUAUCGACGAGUGCCGGAUCUCGCCAGACCUGUGCGGCCAUGGUGCCUGUGUCAACACGCCCGGAGGUUUUGAGUGCGAAUGCUUUGAAGGCUAUGAGAGCGGCUUUAUGAUGAUGAAGAACUGCAUGGAUAUCGAUGAAUGCGAGCGAGACCCUCUCCUGUGCCGAGGAGGGGUCUGUGUCAACACCGAGGGCAGCUUUGAGUGCCUUUGCCCUCCGGGGCAUGAACUGACCACCGAGGGCAACGUCUGCGUAGAUAUCAACGAGUGCUCCCUGAGUGACAGCCUGUGCCUAAAAGGGCGCUGUGUGAACGUCAUUGGCACCUACCAGUGUGCGUGUGACUCCGGAUACCAGGCCACCCUAGACCGGCAGGGCUGUAUUGAUAUCGACGAGUGCACCAUCCUGAAUGGCGGCUGCGACACGCACUGUGCCAACGCUGAGGGAAGCUAUGAGUGCAGUUGUGGGGAAGGCUAUGCACUGAUGCCGGAUAAGCGGUCGUGUGUGGAUAUCGAUGAAUGUGAGGACACACCAGAUAUCUGCGAUGGUGGCCAGUGUACCAACAUCCCUGGGGAGUACCGCUGCCUCUGCUUCGAUGGCUUCAUGGCGUCCCUGGACAUGAAAACCUGCAUUGAUGUGAAUGAAUGCGACCUGAACCCCAACAUCUGUCUGCACGGGGAAUGCGAGAACACCAAGGGAUCCUUCAUCUGCCAUUGCCAGCUGGGCUAUUUCGUCAAGAAGGGGACGACGGGCUGCACAGACAUCGACGAGUGUGAAAUUGGGGCUCACAAUUGCGACAUGUACGCUUCGUGCAUCAAUAUCCCAGGAAGCUUCCGGUGUAAGUGCCGGCUGGGCUGGCUCGGCGACGGGCUGAAAUGCAACGACAUUGAUGAAUGCACCUUCCAGAAUAUCUGCGUCUUUGGCACCUGCCAGAAUCUUCCUGGGAUGUUCCGUUGUGCCUGUGACGAUGGGUAUGAGCUAGACAGGAGCGGUGGGAACUGCACAGACGUCAAUGAGUGUGCCGAUCCCGUGAAUUGCAUCAACGGCCUUUGCGUUAAUACGCCAGGCAGCUACCUCUGCAACUGUCCUCAGGACUUCGAGCUGAACCCCACCGGAGUGGGGUGUGUCGACACCCGAGUGGGGAACUGUUUCCUGGACACGCAAGACCGCGGCGACGGCGGGAUCUCAUGCAGUGCUGAAAUCGGCGUGGGCGUUACGCGGGCAUCCUGCUGCUGCUCCCUGGGCCGGGCUUGGGGGAACCCCUGCGAGCUGUGCCCGGCCGCCAACACCACCGAAUACAAGACCCUCUGUCCAGGUGGCGAAGGCUUCCGGCCCAACCCCAUCACGGUCAUUUUGGAAGAUAUAGACGAGUGCCAGGAGCUGCCAGGCCUGUGCCAGGGAGGCAAUUGCGUCAAUACCUUUGGCAGCUUCCAGUGUGAGUGCCCUCCGGGCUAUUACCUGAACGAGGACACCCGUAUUUGCGAAGACAUCGACGAAUGCUCUGCUCACAUCGGCAUCUGUGGGCCGGGGACCUGUUACAACACACUCGGCAACUACACCUGUGUGUGCCCUCCGGAGUACAUGCAAGUCAACGGAGGGAACAACUGUAUGGACAUGCGCAAGAGCCUUUGCUACCGGAACUAUAACGACACCUGUGAGAACGAGCUCUCCUUCAACAUGACCAAGAAGAUGUGCUGCUGUUCCUACAACAUUGGCAAGGCCUGGAACAAGCCCUGCGAGCCCUGCCCCACGCCGGCCAGCUCUGAAUACCAGAUCCUGUGUGGUAAUCAGGCGCCUGGCUUCAUCAUCGACAUCCACACAGGGAAACCAAUUGAUAUUGACGAAUGCAGUGAGAUUCCAGCCAUUUGCACCAAUGGCGUCUGCAUCAACCAGAUCGGCAGUUUCCGCUGCGAGUGCCCCAUCGGCUUCAGUUACAACAACAUCUUGCUGAUCUGUGAAGACAUAGAUGAAUGCAGCGGAGGGGAAAAUCUCUGCCAACGAAAUGCCGAUUGCUUAAAUAUUCCCGGCAGUUACCGGUGUGAAUGCUCUUCAGGAUACAAAUUGUCACCGAGCGGAGCGUGCAUUGGCCGCAACGAGUGCCAAGAGAUCCCCAACGUCUGCAGCCACGGGGAUUGUGUCGACACGGAAGGGAGUUACCUUUGCAUCUGCUACAACGGGUUCAAAGCCACGGGGGACCUGACCAUGUGCAUGGACAUCGACGAAUGUGACCGCCAGCCCUGUGGGAACGGCACCUGCAAGAACACAGUGGGGUCCUACAACUGCCUCUGCUUCCCAGGCUUCGAACUGACCCACAACAACGACUGCAUGGAUAUUGACGAGUGCUCCUCCCUGGCUGGGCAGGUUUGCCGCAACGGACAGUGUAUCAACAAUGUGGGGUCCUUCCGGUGCCUGUGCCAGGAGGGCUAUGACCACACACCGGACGGCAAGAAUUGCAUUGACAUCAACGAGUGUGUCAGCCUGCUGGGGAGCUGUUCCCCGGGAACGUGCCACAAUUUGGAAGGCUCCUUCCGUUGCAUCUGCCCUCCCGGCUACGAAGUGCAGAACGACAACUGUAUCG